AUGAAAUCAUCAGAAAAUCCAUUGCAUUUAAUUCAGACGAGUUAUAAUACUAAUGUAACAACAGAUCAACCACAAUCAGAAUAUCGACGAAAUACGCAAAUACAACAGGAUAUUGUUGAACAUUUUAGUCAAGGUGAUAAUCACAGUAACAGUGGUACAGGUAAAGGAAAACGAAAAUCAUCUGUACAUGAUGUCACCGAAGUAUCAAAAGAAGAGUUUAAUAAAAUUAUAAUUGAUCUGCAUGAAAAUUUCUCUCGUUUGAGAGAACAUUUAGAAAAUCUUGAUCAAUCAACAAUUCAAGAUAAACAAUAUUUAGACGAAUUUUUAAAAUCAAAACGACAAUUAAUUAUGAAUAUUAAACAUAUUAUUGAUAAAAAACUUAUUCAAGAAAUAACUACAACAUCACAAAGAUCAUCAGUCGUCCAAAAACAAGCAUUACAUACUUUAUAUGCACAUCAUAUUAUAUAUCUUAUUGAACACUUAUGUACUGAGUUAUUUAAAACACACUAUUUACUUAAUUCAUUUACAUUAUCUUCAUCAUCAAAUUUAUCUGAUAUUGCUAUAAAACAAAAAAGUAUAUCAUUUUCAGAAAAUGCAAUAGAAUUUAAAAAAGAUAUAGCCGAUUUAGAAGGCUAUGCCUAUAUGCUUGGACAAAAGUUUUAUUGUCAAAUACCAGAUAUUAAUAAUAGUAAUGGCAAUGAAAUUGCCACGAUUCAAUUAAAAUCAACAAAAUCUAAAAAUCAAAAAUCAUUACAAUCACAAUUUUGUGCAAGAUUGUAUGCUAAAUGUCAUUUUGUUUGUUGUAUAUGUUCACCCACAUAUAUCUAA